ACCUGCAAGAAGGAGACUGGGUAGCAAUACCAGACGACACAAAAAGUGUGGGGAAUAUUGUGAUGGUAAAUGCACAGGAAGCACUAGUGAACCUUUUUCACCGAGAGGAUAAUAACAGGCUCACGAGGUACUACACUGAUGUGGAGAGAUGGUGGAAAAAGAACGAUCUACACCGCAUCCGGGUGAUCCACACACGAGAGGAUUGGUUCACAUUCCUCCCCGAUAUCCUGUUGGCUGAACUUCCCUUCGACCCGGAAGAGUGGCAACAUGCGAGACCCGGUUCCAAGGUCAGGGAACCGACGCGCCCACCGGACAGGCUGAACCAAAACUCGGCUGUGACCGGCGGCGGGAAGUUCGAGCAACGGCGGUCCGUUGGCAGGUGCGAAGCGGGCAUACAUCCAGCAGGUAGGACGGUCCGUCGGCAGGUAGGAGGAGCGGGAGGGGGUACAGGAGGAGGAGGAGAAGCGGGAGAAGGAGCGGGAGGAGGAGCGGGAGGAGUGGGAGGAGGAGGAGGAGGAGGAGGAGGAGCAAUUGGAAAUGGAGAAGCAGCCAGAGGGGGAGCGAGAGAAGGAGAGGAGCGGGAGGAGGAGCGGGAGAAGGAGCGGGAGCCUGUUUUUUUUUUUUUUGUUGGAGAUGGCUAUUGUGGGAUCUUUAUCACAUUGUUUGGAAGAGGAGCAGGAAGAGUGGGAGCAGUGGGAGGAGCUGGAGGAGGAGUGAGAGGGGGAGGAGGAGCGGGAGGAGGUGCGGGAGGAGCGGGACGGGAAACGGGAAGGUGCGGAGGAGGCGUGGGAGAAGGAGUGGGAGCCUUUUUUCUUUUUUUCCGUGGGGGAUGGCUAUGGUGGGAUCCUUGUCACAUUGUUUGGCAGAGUGGAAGGAGGAGCGGAAGGAGGAGGAGGAGCGGCAGGAGGGGCCCGGAGAAGAAGCACGAGGGGAAACGGGAAGGGGCGAAGGAGGCGCAGGAGAAGGAGCGGGCAUUCUGUUGCUGUUUCUGGAGAGGAAGGAUGACGGUGGCGACGAGACACGGGAGGGGGAGGGAAAUGGUGAUGACGAUGAAGGCAUUCACGAGGAGCAUCUCAAGGGAUCUAUUUUAUUUUAUCUUUUACUUUCCGAUGAUGGUCAGGAUGAUGAUGAUGAUGGUGAUCAUUGCAGCGAUGAUGACCAGUGAGAAGCGUGGGGAAGGGGUAGGAGAACGAAAUUGCAAAACAGAAGGGAUGGGAGGAGAGGUGUCCAAUGGCCAUGGCGGCCACGUUUGCGGCCGCGGCCGCGGAUGGCGGCCCUCAGUGCCGUACCCGUGACCGUGACCGGAACCGGUCACGUUCCAUUUGGUGUUUUUUUUGUGAACGGCCAUUCACGGUG